AUGGAUACUCAGCAACAAUCCUCAAACCCAAAUCGUCCAAGCAACUCUGCGCCGGAUCAGCAGGCCAUGUUCCCCGCAGGGUAUUCACAGGAACAGGAAGUUUCACAACCACGCCCCGACGGCGAUGCAGAGAGAAAGAAGGAACCAAAUGGCGGCGGAGGAUGCCGAGGAAGUCGCAAGAAUAAGAGAAAAGAUUUGGGAAGGAAAGCUUGGAGCCGCCAAAUUCCAGAUAAAAGAGCGAAGGCCGAAGCUUCUCAGGAAUCGAAGCGACGUAAAUUAGAGUAUGGAGAGAAGGCGCUGCCUAUCUAUGCUACGGAGUUUUCCAAAGAGGAUAUUGAAGCAGACCAGCGACGCCCAAAAAAGAAAGUCGCUGUCAUGCUUGGGUAUUCAGGUAGUGGAUAUAAGGGGAUGCAAUUGAGCGAGACUGAGAAGACAAUUGAAGGUGAUUUAUUCACUGCUUUCGUCGCCGCUGGGGCAAUAUCAAAAGCAAAUGCUACUGACCCUAAGAAGUCGUCACUUGUUCGAUGCGCACGCACAGAUAAGGGCGUGCAUGCCGCCGGCAAUGUUGUCUCACUGAAACUUAUUGUCGAGGAUCCCAAUGUAGUGCAAAAAAUAAACGGACAUCUCAGUCCGCAAAUUAGGCAAAGGCAAGCAGAGGUUGCCCACUACUGGGAGGAAAUUGAUGAGAAAUAUAUCAAACCCAUACUGGAACGACUACCUGAAGUGACGCGGAAUCGCGUGAAGCAAGCGCUGAUUAUCAAAUCUGGUAAUGACCCAGCGGACAACUCUACUUCCCAAGGUGAACAAGAUCCACUAGAUCCGUCCGAUCAACAAGAUAGUGCAGUCACCAGCAAAGAGGCAUCAGCCUCAACAAAUGAGAAUAAGGGCUUGAGCUCUGGAGACGCGCAGACAGUGCCAACAACCAACGAAGCUAUUCGCAUGAUUCGAGCGGCCUACAUAGAUGCAAAAAAGGCAUAUCGAAUACCAAGAGAGCGGUUGGACCGCAUCAACGAUGCUCUUGGUAUGUACGUCGGGACAAGGAACUUCCACAAUUACACCAUCCAAAAGUCUUUUCGCGACGCAUCGGCCAAACGACACAUAAAAUCCUUCAAAAUCUCGCGAGAGCCAUUGAUCAUCAACGGCACGGAAUGGCUUAGUCUUAAGGUACACGGCCAAAGUUUCAUGAUGCAUCAGAUCCGGAAGAUGGUCGCCAUGACUGCCCUGAUAGUACGUUGUGGCUGUGAUAUCCAGCUGGUCCCUGAGACGUACGGGGACCAAAAGAUUGCCAUCCCCAAAGCACCUGGACUAGGUUUGCUACUCGAACGUCCAAUCUUUGACUCGUAUAACAAAAGAACUGUAGUUGAGUAUGGCAAGAAUCCGAUAGACUUCUCCAAAUAUGAGAAGGAGAUUGAAGAGUUUAAACAGCGGGAGAUUUAUGAAAGAAUAUUCCGUGAAGAGGAGGAGUCGAAUUCCUUCGGGAAUUUCUUCAACCACAUCGACACCUUCCAAGGCAACGCCUUCCUCUUCGUAACUUCAAGAGGAAUACCUGCAUCAAAACCAAGCGGAGGUUCUGCCAAAGCACCCAUGAGCGGAAAGGCGGCAUUGAAAGAAGUCGAAUCUGAAUCCGAAGAUGAUCUCGUCAACGGUGGAGAGGAGGCAAGGAAUUCUUCCAUUUAUAUCAUAAGACAGUACAUUUACAAGAAGCAAAGUCACAACGCAACAAUAUUUACUAUCAAAAAGUCAGCCGCAGCAGACACCACCCAGAUCCUCCACAUUAUGGAACCUGUCAGAUACGAGUUGACAAAAGGUCAAAAAGACAAUGUACAGAACGCAAAAAAGACAAUCAGUCACGGGAGUAGUAAAUCAGGCCAUCCACGGCCCAAAUUACUGUACGCGGCAUCAUAA